UCUAUUCUUAGCCCCGUGGACACCCUCCUCCCCGAGACAGUAUGGCCAUGACCACAGAGUUGGGGGAACAGAAGCAGCUGAAAGAAGUGGCAGGGAUCCCUCUGCAGGCUACAACUGUGGACAACUGGAGCCAGAUCCAGAAAUUUGAGGCCAAGCCUGAUGAUCUUCUCAUCUGUACCUACCCUAAAUCAGGGACAACAUGGAUUCAGGAAAUUGUGGACAUGAUUGAACACAAUGGGGACGUGGAGAAAUGUCAGCAAGUGAUAAUUCAACACCGCCACCCUUUCAUUGAGUGGGCACGUCCACCCCAGCCCUCUGGUGUGGAAAAAGCCAGUGCAAUGCCCUCUCCAAGGAUACUAAGGACACACCUUCCCACUCAACUCUUGCCACCAUCUUUCUGGGAAAACAACUGCAAGUUCCUUUAUGUAGCUCGAAAUGCCAAAGACUGUAUGGUUUCCUACUACCAUUUCCAAAGGAUGAAUCAAAUCCUUCCUGAUCCUGGUACCUGGGAAGAAUAUUUUGAAACCUUCAUCAGUGGAAAAGUGCCUUGGGGUCCCUGGUUUGACCAUGUGAAAGGAUGGUGGAAGAUAAGAGACAGAUACGAGAUUCUCUUCCUCUUCUUUGAAGACAUGAAGAGGAAUCUAAAGCAUGAAAUUCAGAAGGUGGUGCAUUUCAUGGGAAAGAACCUGGAUGAAACUGUGCUGGAUAAAAUCGUCCAGGAGACGUCAUUUGAGAAAAUGAAAGAAAAUCCCCUGACAAAUCGUUCUACAGUUCCCAAAUCUAUCCUGGACCAGUCCAUUUCCCCCUUCAUGAGAAAAGGAACUGUGGGAGACUGGAAAAACCAUUUCACCGUGUCUCAGAAUGAGAGGUUUGAUCAAAUCUAUAGGGAAAAGAUGGAAGGAACCUCAAUAAAAUUCUGCAUGGAUCUCUGAACAAAACCUAAAUAAAAUGUAGAAGCUACCUUCAAUCCUUCAGCCUCAGCCAAAAGAAGUUCUGAGCAGAUACUGUGAAUGUAUACAUACUACAAAUUGUGUCCGUGAUUGUAUUAAUAGUAUGUAACAAUUUCCUUUUUUUUAAUAACAUGCCUAAUGCUUACUUUCUCAACUAUUGUCUCCAAAGUAAAAAAUAAGAUGGCUUAAUAAACUAAGCAAAAUAAAAGACUUGAGCACUGCAAAGAUUUUUUUUUAAC